ACGCGCGCACAGGCUCAGCUCUGUCCUGGAGGAAGAGCGGCACAGGCAGGGACGCUAAGGUUGGCAGUGACCCAGACUGAGGUCUCUUGGCCCCCCAGGCGCCUUCUUCAUGGACCCAGAGAUCGCCAGCGGGGCUGCAUCAGUGUAGGAUGGGCAACUGCGUCAAGUCGCCAUUAAGAAACCUCUCGAGAAAGAUGCGCCAGGAGGAGAAGACCAGCUACAUGGUGGUACAGACAAGUGAGGAGGGACUGGCCACUGGUGGUGAGCUUCCGGGACCACUCAUGAUGCUGGCCCAGAACUGCGCCGUCAUGCACAACCUGCUGGGUCCUGCCUGCAUUUUUCUUCGGAAGGGUUUUGCUGAGAACAGACAGCCUGACAGAUCAUUACGGCCAGAGGAGAUCGAAGAGCUUCGAGAGGCCUUCCGAGAAUUCGACAAGGACAAGGACGGCUACAUCAACUGCCGGGACCUGGGGAACUGCAUGCGCACCAUGGGCUACAUGCCCACGGAGAUGGAACUCAUUGAGCUCUCCCAGCAGAUCAACAUGAACCUGGGCGGCCAUGUGGACUUCGAUGACUUUGUGGAACUAAUGGGUCCUAAACUCCUGGCAGAGACAGCAGAUAUGAUCGGUGUAAAGGAACUGAGAGAUGCCUUUCGGGAGUUCGACACCAAUGGUGAUGGGGAGAUAAGCACCAGUGAGCUGCGAGAGGCCAUGAGGAAGCUGCUGGGUCAUCAGGUGGGACACCGAGACAUUGAGGAGAUUAUCCGCGAUGUGGACCUCAAUGGAGAUGGACGAGUGGACUUUGAAGAGUUCGUCCGGAUGAUGUCCCGCUGAGGCCUCCAGGGCUUCUCCAGGACUGCCAACUCCCACUUGCGGGGAAAAGAGCCGAGCUCGCCUUGCUCACUCCGCAGUAGAUGCCCAGAGCCCAGGAUGUACUGGCGGAUGGGGCCUGCCUGCACCCCGGGGAGGUGCCCACCCCGGAUCCCCACCCCUCCGCACUGUGAAAGACUCAUAACUCCUGCAACUGGAAAGGGGCGCCCACCAGCGAGGAGGCCACAGUGCCAAGCCGCUAGAGGACAUGCAAGGCGCCAAGUGCCAUGUGCCCAGUCGCUGCUGGCUGGGUGGGCCAGGGAGCCCGCCAGCAGACCCCACACAGCAUGUCUGCCCCAGGGCAGAGCCUUUCAGCGCCCUCCUGAGCUCUAUGCCCGUCCCAGCUCGCCUAGCCCUUUGAUCUCAGAACCAAUAAAAAACGAGAAUGUCA